AUGAUAUUGAGAAAUAUAAAGAAUCUCAGAGGAUUUGCAACUCAUUCAAAUUUAAAUUCAAUUCAAAAGCCUACGCCUUCAGUUUUUAAUGUCUUUGAUAGAAGUACAAAGACGUGGCAAAAGGAAGUAGCAGCCAGUAACCUACAAGAUUCAAGGACAGUAGAUUAUAUAAAGAAUGAGGUUGGAGAGAGCUUUAGGGACAGGCUUCUUGAUAUAAAGAGGAGAUACACUAAAGCUAUUUGUAUUGGCAGUGGAUCCAAUCAGGCUGCAAGAGUUUUAGAUGAAGAGGAAUUGGCUGAUGAUAUAAACAUCGCUGAUUCGUCAGUUAAAGCUGUUUUAAGAGAUCAAGAUAGCGAUGUAUACUUUGCUAAGAUACCAAAUAGGAUUCAAAUUGAUGAAGAGAACCCUUCAUUUGAUAACAUAUUCAAUCCCAAUUCAACUGAUAUUAUCGUUUCAUCUUUGGGUUUACACUGGGUUAACGAUUUACCUGGUGCUUUGAUUCAAUUUAAUCGCGCAUUAAAACCAGAUAGCCCUUUCUUGGGAUGCUUAUUUGGUGGUGAUACGUUAUUUGAAUUACGCACUUCAUUACAACUAGCUGAACAAGAACGCUGGGGUGGCUUCGGUCCUCAUGUUUCACCAAUGACAGAUACGACAGAUGUCGGCAAUUUAAUGAACAGAGCUGGAUUUACAUUACUGACUAUUGAUAUUGAUGAUCUCAUCAUUAAUUAUCCUUCAAUGUUCGAAUUGAUGGAGGAUCUCAAGUUCAUGGGUGAAUCAAACGCAAUAAAUGGAAGAAGAACGCAUAUUUCAAGGGAUACUCUAAUAGCAGCUUCAGAGAUCUACAAAUCAUUACAUGGCAACCAAGAUGGAACUAUACCCGCCACAUUCCAGAUUAUAAAUGUCAUUGGUUGGAAGCGCUCUGAUGAUCAAUUGAAACCAUUAAAGCGCGGUACUGCUACAAGGUCUAUGAAGGAAUUAGAGUAA